GACACCCAUUUCUUUAAUCCAAGUAUUACACCAUUUGAAACCCACCGUCUCGGCACAUUCCUCUCUCUCAUAUCCUCUUUAGGCAUCAAAACUUCCCCUCUAAGCAUCGACACUGUUCAAAUUUUUUGAGGAACCAGAUCGAAACAACCCUAUAAAGAACCAACCCCAUCUUAUUCUUUUGUUCAAAAAAUACAUUUUGGGGUUUGUUUUAUCGUUAAUGUUUAGAUCUGUUCUGCAUUUCUCAAUUUCUUGAAUAGAUUCAUUGUUUUGGUGUCUGUUUACUUAUUAAAAAGAAAAAGAUUCAAACUUUGGUGUUUUUUUUUGUAAUAAUGGGGGAUUCUAAGAAGUACAUUACCGCUGAGGAGUUAAAGAAGCAUAACAAAGCAGAUGAUUUGUGGAUCUCUAUACAGGGGAAAGUUUAUAAUGCGACAAAUUGGAUUAAGGACCAUCCAGGUGGAGAUAUCCCUAUUCUUAAUCUGGCUGGCCAAGAAGCAACUGAUGCAUUCAUUGCUUUCCAUCCAGGUACUGCUUGGAAAUAUCUUGAUAAGUUCUUUACUGGCUAUUAUUUGGAGGAUUACGAGGUAUCUGAGGUAUCCAGGGAUUAUAGGAAACUCUGUUCUGAGUUUGCUAAAGCUGGUUUGUUUGAAAAGAAAGGCCAUGGGGUGAUUUAUUCCUUAUGUUUUGUAGCAUUUUUGCUUUUCUUGACUGUUUAUGGUGUUCUUUAUAGUAAUAGUUUCUGGAUUCGCAUGCUUUGUGGAGGAUUGUUGGGGUUGGCUUGGAUGCAGGUUUCUUACUUGGGUCAUGAUUCUGGUCAUUACUUGAUUAUGACAACUCGCGGUUUCAACAAAUUGGUACAAAUUCUAGCAGGGAAUUGCAUCACCGGGAUUAGUAUUGCUUGGUGGAAUUGGACACAUAAUGCCCAUCAUGUUGCCUGCAAUAGCCUCGAUUAUGACCCUGAUCUUCAGCACUUGCCUGUUUUUGCAGUGUCCUCGAGUUUGUUUAAAUCAUUGAACUCUACCUUCUAUGGAAGAGAGCUCACAUUCGAUUCCCUGGCUAAAUUCUUUGUCAGCUAUCAACAUUUUACAUUCUAUCCAAUCGUUUGUGUUUCCAGGGUGAAUCUGUUUCUUCAGACAUUGUUGCUAUUAUUCUCGAAGAGAAAAGUGACUGAUAGACUUAUGAACAUAUUGGGGAUCAUGGUUUUCUGGACUUGGUUUCCGCUUCUUGUUUCCACCUUGCCUAAUUGGACAGAAAGGGUAUUAUUUGUCCUCAUAAGCUUUGUCGUGACAGGGAUUCAACACGUUCAAUUCUGUCUGAACCAUUUUGCUGCCGAUGUCUAUGUUGGACAGCCCAAGGGGAACGAUUGGUUCGAGAAACAAACAGCUGGGACAAUUGAUAUUGCUUGUUCUCCUCAGAUGGACUGGUUUUUUGGAGGAUUGCAGUUCCAGCUUGAGCAUCAUUUAUUUCCAAGGCUACCUAGGUGCCAAUUGAGGAAGAUUUCUCCUAUUGUACAAGAGCUAUGCAAAAAGCACAAUUUGUCCUACAGGAGUUUGUCUUUCUUUGAGGCCAAUAGGUGGACAAUAAGGACACUUAGGGUAGCGGCAAUGCAAGCUAGGAAUCUGCUCUGGGAAGCUGUUAAUACUCAUGGCUAAUUAAUUUUGUGCGGAAUAUUGAAAUUUCUUUUAAGUUUGUUUAUUUUUAUUGCAAUUGGAUAAGACCUUUUUGGAAUCGUGUUAUUUGGUUGGAACAGAGAGGAACUUGUUGUGCUUUUUCAGCAUCCUUCAUACAGUUACUGACUUGUUCAACUUAUGAAUAUAUAAUCUGCAGUUAAAUUUCGGUA